AUUCCACAGAACGUUCACAGGUCCUCGCUGCGAAAAUGAGAAUAUCAGGAAUGCUCUCUGUGAUUCAAAUAAAGGAAAUCAUAAUUCCUGUCAGAUUCGUAUUCGUCGUUAUUAGCUCAUGUAUUAAUGGGCACAAAUCAGCCGAGGGGCAGUUACCGUAACUUACUGUCCAAAUGUCCAUUCAACUCAGUCAAUAUCCACAGAAAUUGAAACACGGAAGUAAGAAAAUAGCGUCUUCCGUACACGGAUCUCCACGGAUUUCAAUUCGCAAAACAGACGCCAGUGCCUUGCUGUAAGAAAGCUAGCCGGUUAGCAUUGCUUUGACUUAAACUUACGUUAGGAAAUCCGAUGUCUAGGCGUAUUUCAGAAGUGCUUGGUGAUUCAGCUCGAGAGCCACUGCUUCCAACUCGUCUGGAGGAUUCAAGUCAGGACUUGGAUGCAGAAGGUGAAGUUGUUUUUGAACGAAGUAACAUAAGUGAUGGCCAGAAGAGGGAACAAAAGAAAUUGUCUUAUGAAGAGGCAGUUGAAGCAGCAGGUUUUGGUUUUUUCCACGGCCUUCUGUUGGUGGUCUGCGGAUGGGCCAAUGCCAGCGAUGCGGUGGAGAUCUUGUGCGUGUCAUUCCUGUUGCCCACAGCGCGAUGUGAUCUGAAGCUCAGCUCCACAGACAUGGGGCUGCUUACUGCCAGCAUCUUCCUAGGAAUGAUGGUUGGUGGAUACAUGUGGGGCUACCUUGCUGAUCAGAGGGGGCGCAAAAAUGUCCUUGUGAUCUCCCUGACUGUGAACGGCGUGUUUGGAGGACUGGCAAGCCUAGCACCUUGGUUCUGGCUGUUCCUAUUACUGAGGUUCAUCAGUGGAGUGGGGGUGGGUGGCUCCAUCCCCGUCAUAUUCUCCUACUUUUCCGAGUUCCAGCCAUGCAGCAGGAGAGGGGCCAUGAUCAGUGCUCUUGCCACAUUCUGGAUGGCAGGAAACAUCCUCGCUGCAAGUCUCGCCUGGCUAGUCAUCCCCAGCACCUCCUCCAGAUUCACACUGGGCUCCCUGGACUUCCAGAGCUGGAGGGUGUUUGUGGUGCUCUGCUCCAUUCCUAGCCUCUCCUCUGCCUUCAUCUUCAGCCUGGCUAUGCCCGAGAGCCCCAAAUUUCUCAUGGAGGCUGGGCAGGAAGCAGAGGCACUGGAUGUGUUCCAGAUGAUGUUUAAUCUCAAUCAAAGAGGCAAUUCCAAGUCAUUUCAAAUAACCGGGCUGACUAUCACAUCCAAUUCUGAAAGAGUGAGGGCAGAAGUAACCAGGUGUUCUGAAUCUCAUCGCAUCACCCACAUUUUCAAAAAGGGGCUGGCGCCUAUUCGGCAACUUUUCACCAAGCCACUGACAACAAGAAGCAUAGUGCUGGUCAUCAUUUUCUUCUGCAUAUCAUUUGGUUAUUAUGGCCUCUGGAUGUGGUUCCCUGAGCUCUUCAAAAGGACAGCUGAUGGGGGGUCCCCGUGUGCAAACGUGUCCCGCCCUCAGUCUGUGGAGAAUGAGAGCUGCUAUCCUGUCAAAACCACAGUCUACAAGGAUGGAUUCAUCACAGCAGCCUCAAACCUACCUGGAAAUGUGUUCACCAUCCUGCUGAUGGACGUCAUUGGAGGGAAGAUACUACUUUCGUGCAGUUUGCUGCUGUCAGCCGUCAGUGUGUUUUUCAUCUGGGUGGUGAAGACGAAAGCACAGAGUCUGGUCAUGUCCUGUGUGUUCAGUGCGGUCUCAGUAAUCGCUUGGAACGCCCUAGACGUGAUCAGCACAGAGCUCUACCCUACCCAGUUACGGUCCACUGCACUGGGGCUCCUGACGGGGGUGAGCAGGGUGGGAGCCAUCAUGGGUAACAUGGUGUUUGGGCAGCUUGUGGACUCUCACUGUGCUGUGCCCAUCCUGCUGGUAUCUGCCCUGCUGCUGACGGGGGGCCUGACCGCACUGAGACUGCCUCACACCAGACAGACUGCGCUAACCUGAGACCUGCAGGACCAGCACAGCUCUCAUCUGUGGCCUUACAAGAGACUGAAAUUAACAUGCCAACUUUGGAAUGCAUGUUUUUUUAUUUUAUUUUUUAUUUGUAGAGUGUAUAUUUUCUUGAUACUAACAAUGCACUUUAGGAGUGUACCCCGUCUACAGAAUUACAAUACCAAUCCUAGUGUUAAACUGCAUUAAAUUUGCAGGCAGGAGAACAUGAAAAUUUCAGUUUUUGUACAUAGUUUUUACUAUAGUUUUUAAACCUUUGAGUUGGAGAAGUCUGUAGGACAGCGGGAUAUGACCAAAGAGUUUUCCAUAAUGGAUACUUAAGGACCAAGCUGUAGAGUAAGACUUUCAUAUUUAUGAUGGCAGCAAAUAAAACCAUACAACCACAGAA